AUGCCCAACAAGCGGAACCAAACAGGCACGCCAGGCAGCCAGGGCACUCGCACUGAACGCCAGCGACGAGUGGACCUUCUGCGUCCUGGUCCAGGGCUGCUGGAGCGUGCCCAACAGGCGGACAAGGCAAUUGACGGGACGCGAAUCACACCAGGCUCAGCGCCGCUGAUGCUCACCGUUGCCGAACAAGAGAUGAAGGUAGCCAAUCCGCGCACGCCCACCCGACUGCGCACACUGCUCUCUGAGCCCUUCAAUCAGGUGUCCGUGGUCACUGAGUACCUCGGCCUGACCGGUGUGGGCGGACUGGUCGUCGAGCGAUUUAAGCAGUCAUUCAAACUGCCCGUCCACCUCAUGAUCAACGUCACCGUCGAGGCGCCGCGCUUUGUUCUCGAGGGAGCAGAGAGCUACCGAGUUCCCGUACAGGACGACAAAAAAGAAAACAUCAGCGCCUACUUUGAUGAGGUCACCGCCAAGCUGGAGGAGGUCCACCUGAAGGGCAAAGGCGCAGCGGUGGUGCACUGCAUGGUCGGCGUUAGUCGCAGUGCCUCUUUUGUUCUCGCUUACCUGAUGCGCUACCAUCAGAUGUCGCUGGAGCAGGCGUUCCGCUUUGUGAAGCAAAGACGCUCAGUGAUCAACCCAAACUUGGGCUUUCUCGAACAGCUGGCUCAGUUUGAGCUGCAGUGUCGUGAGGGUAACCAGAAGCUGUGUAGUGUCUGGCAGGAGCACACGAUGAACAGCAUCACCAAACGACUGCCACAGUUUAUCAUUCUCGACUACAUCGAGGAGUAUGAACAUGAAUUCGAAGCCUGA